GACACAGUAUACGUCGCGUUUGCGUCAUCAUACCGUGAACAGCGCUCAAACGGGGAGGACGUGGGAUGAACAAGUGUGCAGUGCAUUAUUAGAAACAUUGUUUUAUUUUUUUCAAAUGUUUCUAAUAUCGGAAUUAUAAAGUACAAAGUAUUAGGAUAGGGUUCAAGAAAUAAACGUCGCCAUCAUGGCGUCGGACGAACAAUUUUCAUUAUGUUGGAACAAUUUCCACGCAAAUAUGUCAGCAGGCUUUCAUGGCCUGCUGUCGCGUGGAGAUUUAGUAGAUGUCACAUUAGCUGCCGAAGGCAGGCUAUUGCAGGCACACAAAUUAGUUCUAUCAGUAUGUUCUCCCUACUUCCAGGAGAUGUUCAAAAUGAACCCAACUCAGCAUCCAAUAGUAUUUUUAAAAGAUGUUAGUCAUUCAGCGUUAAGGGACUUAUUACAGUUUAUGUACCAAGGUGAAGUUAAUGUUAAGCAAGAAGAGUUAGCGUCGUUUAUUAGUACCGCGGAACAGCUUCAAGUGAAAGGUUUAACCGGUAAUCAAAAUGAAGAAAGUUCCACGCCAUCCAAACCAAAGCCGACCUCAAGGCCAGGCCCGAGGUCGUCACAACAAAGGCAAUCUGUUAUGACUAAGUUAGAGACUGAUUUAGAUUCUAAGCCCUCCUCAACUCCAGUAGCAAUUAAGCGACCAAAUAGGCCAUCAAUAGCAUCAAACAAUUCGUCAUCUUCACAAUCUGGACCUGUGAAACGAAAAUGUGUGGACCCAUUAGAAGCCGGACCAUCUGGAUCAGCUAAAGAAGAAUUUGUUACGAUACCUGACGAAGAUGAAAACAACGCUGUGGCACCCAAAAUGGAACCCGAAUUUGUUAACGAAAGUAUGUGGGAUGAUGACGAUGAUGGAACGAAUAAUGAUGAAACAAAUUUCGGCGAAGAUGACUCUAAUAUGGAAAUGACUGGAUUCGAUGGCUCAACGACUGGCGAUGGCAAUUUGACUGGUGGUGCGGAAGGUGGAGCAGUAGGUGAUGCGCAAGCAAAAUUCAUCCGCGCGGGCAAGGGGCGGCUGCUGCUGCACCGCGGGUACACGUUCCGGCUGAAGAACAACUUGGCGCACGGACGCAAGCAGUGGUACUGCUCGUCGCGGCUCACCUCGCGCUGCCUGGCCGAUGUCAAUACCGAGGGCCCCGAGGGCCACGAGCGUAUCGUGCGCUCCCGCUACUCGCACAACCACGCGCCACCCAACGUGCGCCGCUUUGCCGAUGGCCGCUACGUGGUGCGCACGCCGCACCAGAGCGGCCAUCGCGCGCCCGCGCCCAUCGACCCCCACCACCAGCUGCUUCAGCUGCAGCACGCGCUGGCGCUGUACGCCGCCACUGCACACGCCACCGCCACCGCCACGGCCUCCGCCAACGCCAACGCCGCGGCUAACGCGGCACCCGGCGGCCCGGCGCAGGCCUCGCCCAACUCCCUGUCGCUGCCGGCGCCCCCGCAGCACAACUCGGCCGCCAAGCCGCUGCUGGUCGAUACCCCUUGCAAUGAGGAGGACUAGGCGAGACCUACAAAAUCUUACACGACUUUUUCGCUAAAGUUCAAUGCUCGCUCGUGGAUGAAACUUGACUUGACUAAAAAUCUUUAAGUCAUACGAACGAAAUAAAGUGGUGUAUGAUUUUAUAAUUGAAAGAAUAUUCUUUCUCACGGUAUCGCCGAUUGCUCAGCUGGCUCACAUUGAAGGCGCUGUUCACGAAAUUAAAACUAUCGAAGUUUCGAAAAUUUUCUGACAGCCUUAUUGGCACACGAAAUAGAGUAAUUUAUUUAGAUUAGUGAUUAUAUAUAAGGGGAUAAGGUGUCGUUUGCUUAAAUAUGAGCGGUGGCUAUUGUCAAGAUACUUAAUGUUGGUAAUAUGGAUGUAUGUGAAACGUAAUUUAGGUCACGGUAUAUGGCGAGGUGUAUCGGAGUUGCGACCAGUGGAAGGAUUAUACCUGAUGGAACCAGUGAAAGGUCAUCGUCGUGAAGUGUAGGUUAGGAUAUCUUCGAGAUCAUUAAGAUAGGUGUGGGCUAUUUAUCGAAUCGUUUAGAAAGGCUAAGGGGUGUUAAAUGUGUAAGAACUCUGAAUGUUAAGUGUCAGCUCGUAUGGAUGUGAAGCUAAAUACGUAGGUUUUUGUCAGGAUAUGGCCGUUUUUAGCGUUUCGUUUAAUGUUGGCUCAAUCGAUCCGAGCAUCAUCGUCAAGGAAACAGAAACGCGUUGUAGCGCAGAACGAGGAAGGGACGUAUCAGGUUAGCAGUCAGGAUAGUCGUCAAACAGGAACAGGAUUAGGAAUGUACACUGGUAGGAUAGAAGUCGGCACAGGUGCGAGGCCAGGCCGGCGGCCGCGGCCGUCGGCGACGCGUCGGCGACUGAGACACGUACGAGGUUCGGAUGAAGCAAUAUGUGUGUCCCCGGACUGAAUGUACUUAAGGUACUUAAUUUAUUUUGAGAGUUUAUACUUUACAAUUUCGUACUUUUAUAAGUAUAAAAGCUAUUGCUACUUAGAAAAUUAGACGUCCGCCUCAAUGAAUAUUGUCCGGGCGUCCGCAGACGCCCGGGGAGAAGAUAUUCGCGCGCUCGCGCUCCUCGACACUGAGUAAGUCGAUGCAAUUGUGCUCUUAAAUGGAUCGAUUUUAAGUACUUAAGCUCAAUCAACUACCUCUUCACUUUUUAUACGGGUUAUACAGUAUAUUAGUUUAAUUAUACAAUUUUUAUAUACAUGAUUGAAUACUCAGAAGCUUUACUCGAGUAAGGUGUGUAGCGUAGGCUAGGGUAAGCUAGGCUAGCGGGCGCGCCGGGACGGGGCCUCGGGCCGCCGCGCAGGGUCCGGCGCGCCCUUCAUUUACCUAUUAUUGAAACUCAAAUACCUCUUUACUUAGUGUUAACUUGUACCUACUCGAUCGUUAGCUGUUAACGACCUAAUAUAAAUAGACUCUUUUUGUAACUGUUGUCUAAAUAUAUUUUAUUGAUUGUUUUUUUUAAAUAAAAUAAAUAAUUUGUUACUCGUCGAAUUAUUAUUCAAUAGGAAUAUGGCCACUUUUAUGUCUACGUCUCCGAUUCAAGUACAAAUUUUUACUAUUUUCUAUUGUUAUUUUAGAAAACUUAGUUGCUAUAAUAGGGUUUUGACUUGUGAAUAAAUUAUCUAGAACGUACUGUAGACUUUAAGGUGACUUCAAGGACGCUUGUAUUCAUGGGGCGGAGGCGCAGGUUGAUAGGCUUCAGGUGACGUGAACGACUUCUCAUUUAACUUACCAACACUAAAGUAUUUUGCUUGUGUUUUCGCGGAUUCAGUCAAUUGUGCUAUGAUUCUAAUUUUAUGGCAAUUUUUGAUUUUCUCGGAAUGUAAAUUGAUCAUUUAAAAGUCCUUAGUUUUUACACGCGAAUCAUGAAUGCAAAAGUACCUACCGUUGCACCUGAAUCCUAUUUCUGCCCACCCCCAUGGAAUAGGUCGUCCCCUCUACUUCUGUGUACCUGCAUAUAGCCAAGUGCGGACCACUCUCGCCAUUUAUUUUAAACAACUAUAUUUACAAUGUUUUACGAAUUACUAUUACAUGGCUCUAAUGAUUUAUUUAUACACAUUUUAUUUACCAGCUUCAAUUAAGUUUUGGUCAGGUUUGAAGAAUUGCGAUUAAACAAUGACGGAAAAGUAUAAAUUUGGCUUUCUAAUCUGAUAUAAACUUAAUUGUUGCUAUUGGAGCUUUAGUUUAAGCUAGUGUAUUUUAAUUUGUAUUUUCAAUUUAAUCGCAACAAUCGUGUAAAUACCUGGGAGUGGUCGAUACCUAAGACCAUUGGUGAACAUAAUAAUAAACUAGACCAAAUACUUUAGGCGAAUCGAUUGUAAUCUAAAGAAGCCGUGGUGACAGUUUAUAAUAAAUAGAUUUAGAUCUAGAUGCUAAUUAGGGUUAAUUAAAGGUUUAACAUUAGGUAUACGUCUCUACUCUUUUUGAUCACUACCUAAUAUUCGUCAAUUAUUUAAAUGAUAUGAACUUAAGUUUGCACUUUCACUAAAAUAAGUGUGUGUAUUCGAAUCAGAUCAAAUUAAAAAAGAAACUUACAUAUUUACUUAAACCAGAUUUUACAAUAAGCACUAAUUUAAUGGGUAUACAUGUGAAUGUUAUUCGUUUUUGAUUAUCUAAUCGUCUUCGCCGUAAUAAAUUUUAACGUAGCUAGGUGUACUAUUUGUAAUGUGAAAUUACUAACAUUCACUUUUUUCCGAUUUAUUAACAUUAUAUUUGUGAAUCGAUGUUGUUCGAAUCGAAGUUUUGGUCUGAUCGGAGAUUGCGGUAAGUGUGUUGAAUUGCUCAUGUUGUUAAAUAAUUUAUGAAUCUCGGUAAGUGUAUGAUGUCGUGUUUUUGUCGCGCCCGCUCCGCUGUCGGACCCUCCGGCACGCUAGCGUUUAUCGACGUUGGAAAACGAUCUUGCUUUCGUUGCUCUUCACAUAUACAUACACAGAUGUAUUGCGCAAUUAAUUGCCAUCGUUCUUUCACGGAAACGUACGAACGUUUCUUGCUAUUUCAGUUGACUGAAGUAGCAUGACAAAUACAAACGUUUCCGAGAAAAUACGAUGGAAAACAACUAUGCAAUACAUCUGUAUGUCGCACUGUGUCUUCGUGAGCGCGACAAACACUAGCCUGGUGGUGGGUGAACAAACGGGUGGGACUAUACCUUUACCUCACAAUUUAUCUACCUCAUUUUACUGUUAACUACUCGUAAAUCUACAAUUAUUAUUAAUAGUGUAAUUUCAUACCUACCAUUUUAAUCAUAAGAUUUUUGUUCGUGUACGGGGUAUUUUGUGGAAUCAUAUUAAAUUGUACUUAUCAAUAA